UGCGAAAAAAUCUGCUGGUAAUACUAGUAAACGCCGUUUAGAGAGUAGGAUAGGAAGGCCAGGCUAGGGCCUCCCCCGAGGGGGCAGCUAACUUGUACCCAGAUUUCCACAGCCAACAAAAAUAACUAAUGAUUGACUUACCCCACUCCAGACAUACCAACCGAAAAUGUUAGUUUCCAGUUCGCACGUGGGCAACAUGGCAGACGAAGUGAGGUUCUAUCCAGCUGAGAUUCCGUGUUAUAUUCCGCCUUUUACGUCGUAAUUGAAGGACAAAAACAUUCGAACUGUAUCGCUGUUGAACAUGGCUAAGACAAGAAAAAGAUCAGGGCCAGAAAAAACAGCCAAGAAAUCCAACAGCUCCAUGAAUCCAGACCGUGCAAAACCAGCAGCUGGUUCCAACAUGCGAGACAAGUCAACCGUCAAUAGGUUGAAGAUGUACAAAUCAGGAGGAAAAGCUGUGAGAAAUAAGAAGGGAAAAAUUGUGAAGCCUGCACCAUUCCAGAGUUCAGUUACAUCAGGAGAAGUUGCAAGAGUUGCUCCAAACAGAAAGUGGUUUGGAAAUACAAGGGUGAUAUCACAAAAUGCUCUACAGUCAUUUCAAGAUGAAAUGGGCAAGGUGCUCAAUGAUCCAUAUAAGGUCGUGAUAAGGCAAAGUAAGCUACCGUUGUCCCUUCUAAAUGACAGAGCUCAGUCUGCUAGGGUGCAUAUUUUAGAUACAGAAGGUUUUGAGACAACAUUUGGACCCAAAGCACAACGCAAAAGACCAAACCUCAAAGCAGCUGAUAUGAAGGGCUUUUUGGAAGCAGCCCAGUUGUCUUCAGAAAUGUAUGAUGAAGAAAAAGACAUGAAUCUUGUAAGGGAAGAUGAUGGUGAGAAAGUGGAAGCGAAAGAAUCGCUGUUUACAAAAGGCCAAUCAAAACGAAUUUGGAAUGAGUUAUACAAGGUCAUAGAUUCCUCUGAUGUUGUCAUACAGGUGUUAGAUGCUCGUGAUCCAAUGGGGACACGGUCCAGUCAUAUUGAAUCCUUCAUGAAGAAAGAGAAGCAACACAAACAUCUGAUUUUUGUUCUGAACAAGUGUGACCUGGUGCCAACCUGGGUAACGCAAAGAUGGGUGACAGUUCUGUCAGCAGACUAUCCUACUCUUGCCUUUCAUGCAAGUGUUACAAACCCGUUUGGUAAAGGAGCCUUGAUAAACUUACUUCGACAAUUUUCAAAGCUUCAUACCGACAAGAAACAGAUAAGUGUUGGCGUUAUUGGUUACCCUAAUGUUGGCAAGAGCUCAAUCAUUAACACUCUCAGGGCUAAAAAGGUUUGCAACGUGGCACCGAUUGCAGGAGAAACAAAGGUGUGGCAAUACGUGACGCUGAUGAGGCGAAUUUACUUAAUCGAUUGCCCUGGAGUCGUUUAUCCGAGUGGUGACAGUGAAACUGAUAUCAUUCUCAAGGGAGUGGUUCGUGUGGAGAAUGUCAAAGAUGCAGCAUGUCAUAUUCCUGCAGUAUUGGAGCGAGUGAAGCGGGAAUACAUUGCUAAGACUUACAAGGUGUCAUCGUGGAAUGACCCAACAGACUUCUUGGAACAAGUCGCUCAAAGGACUGGUAAACUACUCAAGGGCGGUGAAGCUGACGUUAACACGGUUGGGAAAAUGAUAUUAAACGAUUUUCAGCGGGGCAAGCUGCCAUAUUUCGUGGCACCACCGAGCAAGGAAGGUGAAUCAAAUUCCGAGGAAACAACGAAGAAAAGAAAAACAGCGUCACGUAUUCCACCGCUUGCUGAGAGUUUUGUUAAAGAAGCAACCUCCACCGCUGCUGACGAAAACACGACUAAUGAAGAAACGGUCGAGGAUGAUGGGAGCAAGGAAAGCAAUUCUUUUAAAGACUCGAAACAGGAGACAAAUACAAAUACAGAUACAAACAACAAGGACAGCGCUGAGGAAAAUUCCCAGAGUAAUGAAAGUACGAAAGAUAGAACUGGUACAAAUGGAGAGAUAAAUGAAAAUACCGAACUUUCAGUUCAAGAGUCAAAGAAUGUAAACUUACAUGUGAAACAAAACUUCGGGGCCAUUAACGUGGGACUUGAAUACAGCGGUGAUGAUGUGCAGCCUUUAGAGGAGAACAGCGAAGGAGAAGAAAACAUUACUGUUGAAAGUGAAUCUGAAGCUGAGGAGGAUGAGAGCGAGGGUGAAGAAGGGACUGGUGAACAGAGAGAUGAUAUACGAGCUGCGUAUGGGAAAUACGAAGAUGAAGAACUCGGAAGUGAAGAGGAGGAGGAGGAGGAGGAGGAAGAACAAGAAAAAGGCAACGAAAAACAAGCAAGUGAAGUGAAAGUGAACACGACUGAAAACAACUGCGAGAGCGAUAGUGAAGAUGACGACUAUGAAGAUGAUAGCGAAAUAUCAGAUGAGGAAGAAGAAUCCGAAAAUCACGAAGCUCAAAAUGAUUCCGUGACUGAGGUAAACACGGAGGAUGAGUCAAAGAAACAGAGGUUACUCGACAAAUACAAAAAUUUACCAGACGCUCGACGACUGGCAUCUCGUCAAGUACAGGAGUGGACCACGCCUACUGAAAAGCGAUUCUCGGUUUCCGUCAGCCCUUUCAUCGCGUGCGUGGAAGCGGAAAGAAGUGAGGAAGAUGAACAAAACAAAAAACGCCAUCACAACAUGAAUGUAAAUAACACACCUAAAGCACGUCCAGGGAGACCAAAGAGCGCAAAAAGAGAAGCUGCAGGUAUCAAAAAGAGUUCUAAAAUAGAUGAUAGAGGUAGUGGCAGCAGAAGACGCGGUAAACGGAAAAGUGACGACGACAAUAGCGUUGAUGACUCCCCUAAAUCCAAGCACCCACGGUUGAAGACGAACAAGCAGAAAAUUGGUGUUCGUUAUUACGAGGCAGUAAAUGUGAAAAACAAGAACCGUAACAAGAAAGCGAAACAUAAAGAAGGACAAACAGGAAGAAAGGGAAGAAAAAGACAGUGACUGAAUGAAAUCUGAAGUGGACAUCAUACAUGAUAUAAAUAACUAACUGUAAUUGUGGACGAAAUUCCCGAAAUAAUGAGAGAUAACUUCCCAGUAUUCUUGGAACCUAGCUCUCCAAUAAAGAAUUAUUUGGAAGGACA